AUGUUGGCGCCGGGCGCGCCGGGCGCGCCGGGCGCGGGUUGGGACCGACGCCGAGUCGGAGCGCGGCUGCGCGCCGCGCUGGCCGGGCUGCAGGAGCUCCAGGUGCUGCGCGAGCGGCAGCAGGCGCGCGUGCGGGGGGCCCUGGGCCCGCAACCCCCGCCGCCGGGCUCCGCGGCUGGCGACCCCCGCGGGCAGGAGCGCCGGCUGGAGGGCGCGCUGGCCGCGCUCAAGGAGCAGCUGUCCCGUUUAAGGCAACAGGACACGGGGCUGAAAACCCACCUGGACCAGCUGGAUCAGCAGAUCAGUGAGCUACAGCUGGGUGUGCGCAAGGGCGCCAGCGAGCCGCCAGACAGUGACAGCCGGCCCAGCUCAGGCUUCUACGAGCUGAGCGACGCUGCUUCCUGCUCGCGCUCCACUUCCUGUGCCUCUGUCUGCAGUGAGUCCGUGUCCUCCUCCCUCGGCAGCCUGCUGCCCAGCACCCAGCACCCCGCGACCAGGGUUGGGGAGUACCGGCCACGGUCGGCCGACGAGACCACUGUGCACGCGGCUCCUGGCCCCCCUCGAAAGCCCCACCUUGCAGAGGGCAGAGCGGAGGAUACCUGCAGGGCCUGGGGCAGGUUCAGAACCAGGCCCGUGUCUGCAGGAGACCUUGAGAGGGAGGCACCGGCUGAGGUGGGGUCCCAGCGAGCUGGCACUGAUGCCUGGUCCAGUUAUUCUCUCAGCCAUGGGGUCCACAUCCUGCCACAAGUGAUGGACCCCAAGUACCAGAGUGAUCUGGUGUCUCGGAGUGGCAAGGAGGUGUACCUAUACCCCAGCCCCCUGCACGCGGUGGCCCUCCACAGCCCCCUGUUCACCCUGACCAAGGAGACUCCACAGGCUGACAGCAGCGAGCCACCUAGGAACCCUUCUCCUGGCUCCAUGGGUGUGAGCUCCAUCUGGCUCGGACCUGUCCCCGAGGCCCACCGGGCAGGGGCCUACAUUGACAAGCUGCUGCAGCGGACUCGGGGCCGGGGGAGCCCCCUGAGGGGCAGUGUCGGUGAGCAGGGCCCCCCCAGGUGUGGGGUGGCUGCACCCCAGCAGGCACGCAGUGGACACAGUGUGAACCGGGAGGGUCAGCUUGAGAAGCUUGUCAGCUCUCUGGAGAGCAAGGAAGUGGAAGGCAUGACUCAGACGGAGAGCACCCACAGGGGGAGCCCCAUGCAGCCAGGAUCUGUGUCUCUGGUGGACACCCAGCAGCCUGCCACCCUUCCCGAAGCUUCCAUGCCCUCAGAGAGCUACAUCCUUGAGAAGACCACCUGGGGCCCCCAUCUACAGGAGCAGGACGCCCCCCUUCGUCCCCAGGCCUGGCCAUCCCACCCCACCCCCCAUUACUGGGAUGACAAGGAUGACUUGCCCUGUACAAAAGGGGGCACCAGGAGCCCCUCUCUGCUCUGGGGGCAGCUUGUCCAUACCCCGUUUGCUGCUGCCCCCGAAGCCUGCCCUGCACGGCCAAAAACAGGCCGCCCCAGGGUCAAGGCUGCAAAAGUCAAGCGGAGGAUGAGUGACAGGGCACUGAGGUUUGGUAGGGAGGGGCUGAGGUUCCCAGAGAGGCAGUGGAGGGCCCCCCCAGUGCCCUGGCUGCCCCCAGAGUGGAACCCUUCCCACGGGCCCCUUGGGGAUGGCCGUCUCAGGGGAAGGGCAGCCAUGGCUGGGGAGGCACCAGGUCGGUCCUGCUCUGAGACCAGCCUCUACCCUGUGCCCUUCCUGGUGCCCCUGGUGGUAGCCCAGCAGCAGAGCCACCGUGCAUCAGCCCAGGCCCUGUACCCGCUGGGUGCCACCCCCCUUGGCGUGGUGGCCAGUGGCUGGACCAGGAGGAAGCAGCGUAGGUGGCAGUCCUCGGUGGAGAUCUCAGCCAGGGCCCACCCCACCAGCCUCCCUGCCCACCCUGGCCUGGGGACUCGCAGGCCGCAGGGCAGGAGGGCAGAAGUUCCCCAGGGCAGGCCCCCGCUGCCCCAGCCGGGCCCCCGUGCCCGCAGUGAGUCACAGCACUCUGAGUACUCAGCCGAGUGCACCACCCUCUUCCACUCCACCAUUGCAGAGAGCAGCCAGGAUGAGGGCAGCAGCGACCACACCACCAACUGCUUUGGGGAUGGGGAGUCCAGCGACAGUGAGGCUGAGGGGGACUGUGGCCCAGGCAGCAGCGGCCCGGUGCUGGGCUGGGGGACAGCUGGGCCAGGGGACCCUGCAAGGCCUCCAUCAGCUGCCCCACAGCCCCCACGAGCCAGCUCUGGGCUGAGGCCAUCACCAGUGCCCAGACUUUGCCGUGUGAAGGCCUCCAGGGCCCUGAAGAAGAAGAUCCGUAGGUUCCAGCCUGCCUCGCUCCGAGUCAUGACCAUGGUGUGA